AUGGCACUGGUUAGCAGCAGCAGCAGCAACUUGAGACUCAGCUUCUCCGUGAAAAGAUCAUGUGAGAUUGAGAAGAAGAAUAAGGUGGAGUACUGGAGGAGGGCGGACGAGGGCGGAUCAAGGUUGAGGGUUUGCGGAAGCAGCGAGAAGAAGAAUAAUAAAGGAGGAGGAGGAGUUCCGAAUUCGAAUUAUGUGGUGCCUUUGGACAAAUCUUCAUCGCCAUCUUCAUCGUCUAACUUCUACUCCUCCUGUAUAACUCGUCCUCUCGCUGAGAUCCUCCGUGAUCUCAACAAGCGCAUUGCCGACAACAUCAUCACCCCUUCCGACACUACCUUCAUCCCCUGGUACCACGCCAACCGUAUGCUUAGCUUCUAUGCUCCUGGAUGGUGUGGAGAAAUACGCGAUGUUAUCUUCUCUGAUAAUGGAAGCGUCACUGUGGUGUACCGUGUCACCAUUAGAGGAUCAGAUGGAGAGGCAUACCGCGAGUCAACUGGGACAAUAUCAUCCAACGAUAGCAAUAUCGUAGAUCCAGUUGCUGCAGCAGAGGAAAUAGCUUUUUGCAAAGCUUGUGCCCGAUUUGGCCUUGGCUUGUACCUAUAUCAUGAAGAAUAGAAAACCACAGAUGACGAGGGACCUUCUGCGAAGUUUGUAAUGGUAGCACUUUGGAGAGAUCAUAAGAUUGAUGUGUUCCCUAUACGCUUAUGUAAAUAUCUAGCAUUUUCAGAUCCCAAGUAAGCCAGUUUGGCUUGUGUUACUCAUUGUGUACGGGUCUGAGUCUUUGCUGGUUAGACAGAAAUUGUAAUAUUUAACAUUUAUUUGCUUGCAAGCUGUGUGAACAACCCAUCUGUUCACUCUUCAUA